ACCCACGAUUCUCGUAAAUUUCUCAUAUUAUUGUCGCUAUUACUUUUAGUCUGUCCCCUGCAAUCCCAAAGUCUGAAUCUUUCAAGAUGGUUUACUCCUACACACCCACAUACUAUUCCACCCUCCACGAUUCAAUCACCUCUUUGUGCAAGAACCUUCUUCCUUCGAGCUUCAAGAGACGGCGUUUACCGGCCUGCUCCGAUCACCGGCUGUCGAGGCUGCAAUCAGAUAAUCUCAAAUGGCAGCAAGACUCUUUCCAUCAGAUGUUGAACCUCAUGGGUCUUCACAGAGAAGGCAUUCUAGCUCAAAAUGAAGUGUCCACAUUUUCAAAUCACUUGCUUGAGACCCUCAUUGCUUCUCCUCCUGAACAAGACCAUCCCCUUAUACUCAGAGAUAAGCUGCUUUUCUUACAGGAACUGCUUUAUGCCAAAUGCAUAUCGGAAGAAGAUUAUCAUGCUUCAAAGAGGCCAUUAAUGGAGAGACUAUCAGGUCAAGGAGCUGAAAUAGAAGGCAGUGAUGUGAUCGUUGGAGGGUCAAAAGACGCAAAAGAGAAAUCUUCAGAACAAGAAUGGUCGAUCAUCGACUUGAGGGAUGAACGGUGCUUGAUAAAGAAGGGGAAUUCUGAUUCUAAGAACAGGUCAAAAUUUAAAGGAGCUGCCUCUGUUUUUAGCUUUGGCUCUUCUCACAAACACAGAAAGAACAGGAUAGGAAAGAGCAUAUUCGAUUCACCAUCCUUGCAUUUGAAUUCAGCCCCACCAAAAUUCUCUUCUUCUGUCUUCAAAAAUGACUUUGGGUAUGCCAAGGAGAAGCCCUUCUGGAAUGGCGACUCAGAGAACCAUAAAAGUGGGGAUAAGUCGAAGAGGAAACCCUUUAGGAUUUUGUUUCGAAGGGAGGAUAGAGAGGGACAUAGUGCCCAGGAAAGAGAAGAACCAGCAUCCAGAUCAGCUAAAAAGCAAUGGUUUAAGAAAUGGAAGAACAAUGAUUCGGACGAUGAGACAGCGCCGUUGCCUCUGAAUGAGAGAUCCGACGGUGACAACUAUCUGGGUUCUUCACAGCUUGUUACGAGGUUGCCGUGGGAAGAACCUGACACCAACAUAAUGAAAGAGACUCUGCAUUCUGAUGCUUCUCCUUCUGAUAUUUUCAGUGAUAAGGUUUCCGGUGCUAAUAUUAAGAAGGAGCUAGCAAUGAUCCAGACAGGACAAAGCGCCACAAACCCAAAUCAGAAGAUUUCACCAAGGUCUGACAAGUAUGGAGAUGGUGUGCUGGAUGUGAGGACACAAUCCAAAAUCAACGUACGAGAAAUGGAAAAUACGUCCAACAAGAAUCCCAUCGGAAAACAAAACUACUCAUUGGAGUGGACAACGUUCGAAGAUGGCGAAAACCUCCACCCAAAUCUUUUUGUUCAUCAGGAUGGUUCAUUUCGCAGAAGCAGCAUCAACCCAUUUUGCCAGUGAAGGGAAGGGAAAAGAGUUUCAGAGAAAAUGAAGGCAUGCAAUUACUUAAUUCAAUGAUCUGUUCGUAUAUAUGAAUUUCACAAAACGUAUUGAAAAAGCAGCAGAGUUGUUCUAAAAUGUGGCCUUGUAAUUACUGAGUUAUUCGCAAUAUAUAUGUAUGAAUUUCAUAAUGUAUUGAUAUGAAGAACAUGAAGAAUUUUAUUCCCAAAGCACGCCUAAAACACAUCAAAAUCUGUGAUAAGGGAUGCCCUAGCGCAUCAUCCGUUAAAUCUAAUGUGAAUUGGGCUUGUGCCAAAUAUGUGUUAUUCGUAAUAUAUAUGUAUGAAUUUGAUAAUGUAUUGAUAUGAA